AUGAGCGGCCCCCAAGUUCUUGCUUUGAACACCAUGGCUAUGGGCGACAGCCUGUCGGUUGAAGUGGGACAAGCUGCACAUUACGCCAUCUUACGGCAACACUGUGGAGCACUGUUGCCUGGAGAAGCCUUAGUGUAUAGGCAGCCAAUUCCCAAAGGUGACACCAUCGAACUUCUAGCGAUAGAUGAUCAUGUGUGCUUCCAAAAGGUUCUCCACAAAAACCUUGUGAAAGCGCCCGCUUUGCGUGACACCGUCAUUUUCUCAAAUGCAACUAAGAGCUAUAAGCAUGUUGGCCUUGUGUUGAAUGACAGUAAGAAGCGGCGUAACUUGACGCAAGGGACAGUCCUAGGAGCCGAGAUUGACGGAGUCAAAGGCGUCGUGGGACCACCGCGCGACCGGACCUUAGCACUCUCACUGGUGUCCGCUGCUGUUGCAAAACGCGGAGUCCUUUUCGAUGCGGUAGUCCUGCAGUCCGGCCGUAGGUCUUGGGGUUCCGCCCUAGAGGGUUUUGGUCUUCGGGUUCUUUACAAGGAGUUUGUAGUUGUGUCAGAAGCCAGCGUUGCUGCUUUCGAGGAUCGCUGCACCCCGUCUGUGGACCGGGUCUUUGAGCGAGGCCCUGAAGUUGGCCUGUCAACAGCCGUUUUCUCUGAAGAGCUGCCCUUCGGACUUUCCAGUCGUCUUGGCGCCGGUUCUGCUGCCGCCGCUCGUGGGUAUGUGCCACGCAUGCCCUGGGCCGCUCGUGAGUACACUGCCAAGCGCUUUAACGUUGACUGUGGCCUCAACUUCUUGCGGCAAGAGCCGGGUGAUGAGCCCUACGCUCCUCGCGAGUGGCACGAGGACCCUGAGUGGAUCUCCGAGCUGUGUCGGUCUUUGCGGUUUAGGGACAACGUUGCUGAUCCGCCGAGCCGUGGCAAGGACGUAGCGCCUCCCAGCCGGGAAAUGGCACGGUGGCUCAUCGAACUGCUGAAGGGAGACACCCGCCGCUUUGAGACUGUGGUCGAGUCGGCGAGGGUCCCGCGCAACCCUGCGCGAUGGUUGCGGUUCCUGUUACUUUUAGCAGGUGACAUCGAAAGGAAUCCUGGGCCUCUCCUGAGCAAGCCACAGCCCCGAGGCCCUUUGAACUUGGAGGAUGGCUUUGCAGCCAGCACGGCUCACAAGAUGACCAAGAGUUUCCGCGCUUUCUUAGUUUGGCUCCAGAACGAGGCUCAGUGCAACAGCGAGGCCGUCUUUUCGUCAGCUGAGGCUACGGCCAUGGCCUUGCGAGGUUACGGCUUGCACCUGUACGAGACCGGCAU